GGCACAAAGCGGUCAGAAUGUACUCUCGUGGGCACGUCGGGCUCCAUCCGCAAGGAUGAGAGGCCAUCCCUGCCCGUCAUGUAUUUCUUCCUCAUCGUAUAAAGGUGGAUCGACUUCGUUACCUGAAAGUCCAACAGCUUCUACGAGACGUACCAGUCAGACCAAGUCUCCGCACAAUGUUCUCUACUGUGUUUUCCAUCGUCGGAACAGCCCUUGCACUGGCGUCUGCCUCUGCUGCUUCCGCUCUGCCUGUUUCUAGCAGGGACGUGUGGGACCCUGCUAUUUUCACCCCAACCUCUGAAACCCUCUGGUACAUCGGUCAAGACUACACCGUGACUUGGAACACCUCCAAUCCACCCCAAGAAGUCACCGACGUCUAUGGCAGACUUUAUCUCACUCAAGGCGAUUCCGGCCAAGCAGGGCCCACUCUCGCGCAAGGAUUCCCCUUGUCAGAUGGCGAGGUCAGCAUCACCGUUCCGGAUGUCCAGCCUGCAUUGAAUUGGAAGGUCGUUUUGAUGGGCGACUCUGGCGAUUAUAGUGCCGAGUUCAGGAUUGAGAGUGCACCGGCCGACGCUUAAUCGCACCUGCGUGCUCGAUGCAGACCCGUCGAGUUUUAGGGGUGUUGGUAUCGAGAUUUGGACUGCAUAUGGACUUUCUUAUCUACGGUUGUUUACGAGAAUGGACUUUUGUUGGGUCUUUGAUGGUAAUGCACUACGAUAACGGUCUAGAAUAGAUACUUGAGUUACCUGAAAUAAGCAAGUUACAGCUCACAGACGUAAGAUAGCUGCAUGCAAGGCGACCGUGGUACAUCCAGAACAUAGAACAAUCAGGCGG